CAUCGAACCAACUUCAGAAAACCGGUUUAGUGGGGUGCCCAUAGUCUCCGAUUUAUAAGCCAUCUGGUUGACGAUCCUCACCCCCAAAUAUUUCGCGUUGUUGUAAAGCUUUGUUCUACCUCUUUUCUUUCUGUCUCUGAGAAUUUUUUUUUUCACACCAUUCUACUUAGAUCCCUCUGCGAAAGCUCUCUGAAGGGAUCCGCAACCAAAGAAAAUGGGGUUGACAUUCACGAAGCUUUUCAGCCGGCUUUUUGCCAAGAAAGAGAUGCGAAUUCUGAUGGUUGGUCUUGACGCCGCUGGUAAGACCACCAUUCUCUACAAGCUCAAGCUUGGUGAGAUCGUCACAACAAUUCCUACAAUUGGGUUUAAUGUGGAGACUGUGGAAUACAAGAACAUCAGCUUCACUGUUUGGGAUGUCGGUGGUCAGGACAAGAUCCGUCCACUGUGGAGGCACUACUUCCAAAACACUCAAGGUCUCAUAUUUGUUGUGGAUAGCAAUGACAGAGACCGUGUUGUUGAGGCGAGGGAUGAAUUGCAUAGGAUGUUGAAUGAGGAUGAGCUGCGAGAGGCUGUGUUGCUUGUUUUUGCUAACAAGCAAGAUCUGCCCAAUGCAAUGAAUGCCGCUGAGAUUACUGAUAAGCUUGGACUCCACUCUCUUCGACAGCGCCACUGGUACAUCCAGAGCACAUGUGCAACCUCAGGAGAGGGGUUAUAUGAGGGGCUGGACUGGCUCUCCAACAACAUUGCUAACAAAGCAUGAUCAAUACGGGAGCCAUUUUGUGGACAGGCAGUUCUGGAUGCAGGGGUGAAUGUUAUCUAGUUUCUUUUUAUUUUUUCGUUUUUCUUUUUCUAUUUUUUUGUAACCUUUUUGUUUUUGUUUUUGUUUUGUUUUGUUUUUUUUUUUUUUUUUUUUCAAUGUGACAAAUGAAUUGUGGUUAUGUCUGUUGUCUCCUGGGGAGAAUCUUUCAAUUUUAGGACCUUUAAUGGUUAUAUUGUAGUAGAAGAAUGGUUGAUUGGAUAUAUACAUUGAGCUUUUGUUUGGGAUUGGAAAUACUGCUGAGCUGUAAUCAAAGCCUAAUUCGAUGA